UGCAAAGCCUGAUAACAAACUACCAAAGUCAGUUGUCUUCAACUAUGCAGAAAAUUUGUUUAUAUUAAGCUGUUAUACUUCAACUAUUUUCUGUUGAUAAUUUUGGCAUAUUCUUAACAUAUCCUCAUAUCCUAAGAGAUACAGGGAAUGGGGUGGGCUGCAAAUGUUCUUGGACUGCUUCUAUUGGUCAGUCCUUAUCCAGGAAAAUGUGGUCCUAUUGGUCAGCUAAAUUUAGAAGUUGAGGUCACCAACGAUAACAUUGAAAUGUCAUGGACAGUGAAUACAACAGUUCAAAACAUCUAUGGAUUCAAGACCAUACUCUACAAUGAUCACGAUCAGACGCUCUACACUUCAUCAGUUAUUCAAAGUCAAGAACGCAAAAUGACGAUAAGUAACGAGCUGAAAGGCACUGGCACCAUCUGCAUCCAACAGCUGCUUAACCACACUGAGGUUCUGCAGGAAGCUUGCAAAAAAGUCAAGGUCAGUGACCUUAAAAUGGUGAUAGGAAUCAUGGCUGGCGCCAUAUUUCUGUUUCCUUGCCUAAUGACUCUAGCAUAUAUCAUCUAUAAGGAUAAGAAUAUAGCUAAGAUAGACUAUGCACAGUUUGAGAGCCAUAUUGAACAAAGAGUUAUUACAGAGCGACCAAGUGACAGCAACAAAACUGUUCUUCAAGACACAAAGUCCUUUACGAGAAAUGUAGAUGUUGCUAACAGAGGGGAAACAAGGCAGGAAAAUGGGGCCAACAAGAAAACCAGAAAGGAAUCAGAUACAUUAGAAAUAACCGAUACCAAGGAACCAAACGAAUUAAAUAGAAAAGUUAUACUUUUUUCGGACAAAGCCAUACAAAGUGGGCAAGAAGAAAAUGUGCAAUGGUUAUCUAAAACUGAUUCAAACAGGAGCAGAGGUACCAAAAGGCCAAGUUCAUCAAAGACAAAUGUUACAAAUGACCAGAACAUCUUGCAGAAGAAAACAGAAAUAUAUGUUGUUAAACUAUAAGAUGAAAGGACCAUUUCAAAGUUAUAUGUUGUCCAUUAUAUAUUAUUAUAUUAUAUUAUAUUAAUAGAAAUAUAAUUAGACAUUCUUGAGUCUAACUCCCAUUAUUCAAAACUUCACUUUUAGUCUCAACUGCCUAAGACAAUUUCAAUAUACAUUUGUGUGGGAAGAAGGUUUGUGGUGGAGUUGUAUAUGCUUUUAACUUCCUUUAAUACAGCUUAUUAAAAAGAAAUGUCUGAAUGAUACAUUUACUUCAGAAUGAAUCAUAACAAUUACAAUCAGAAAAUUAUUUUUACCAUUCCUUUAGAUAGCAUCAAUUUAAAAUCAACUAAAAUGCAAUGUGUCAGGUUUAAUUUUCUUAUUAUAUCAUUUUUUUUUAUUAAUAAAAAAGUUUAAUGACA